AUGGCGAAUUCUACGGAAGUGUCAGGGCAACUCACCCAGGAGCAGGUCGAUACUUUGAAGAAAAACUGUCACGCCCUGGUCUCGGGAAUUGAUACAUCUUACGGUUAUGUGCCGACUUUGGGGGUCGGGAUUGCAUUCUGUGUUCUCUUCGGUCUCAGUCUUCUUGGCCAUAUUACCCAGUACACCAGGAAACGACAAUGGACUUCCUUGGCUUUUGGUGCCGGAGCUAUGACCGAACUGAUCGGCUGGGCUGGUCGUACAUGGUCCAGCGAAUGUCCGUACAACGGCGACGCCUUUCUGAUGCAAAUCACAACGCUCAUCAUUGCCCCGACCUUCUUCACGGCCGGGUUGUACAUUAUCCUCGGCGCGCUCAUCAACCGAAUCGGCCGUCACGCUUCAAUUCUCGGCCCCAAGAUGUAUGCCAUCAUCUUCUUGUCGUGUGAUAUUAUCGCCCUGGUCAUCCAGGCUGUUGGAGGAGCUAUGGCAUCCACCGAGUCAGAUAAGAUCGACGGUGACACGAAGCCGGGAACAAACAUCAUGGUUGCUGGCAUUGUGUUCCAGAUGGCGGCUAUGGCUGUCUUCACCGUCUUGGUGCUGGACUUCUUGAGGAGAGUGUUUUUCAAGACGUCGUCCUUGGAGACCAGGAAGCUCGGACCUACAGAUCACAACGAGAUGCCAAAGGCUUAUACCUGGCUACUUGUUGCAGUAUUCAUUUCCCUGUUCAUGAUCUUCGUCCGAAGCAUCUACCGAACCAUCGAGCUCCUCCAAGGCUGGGAUGGAUACCUGAUCACACACGAGGGAUAUUUCAUCGGUUUGGAUGCUUCCACUAUGACCAUUGCCGUCGCUGUCUUCAACUUCCUCGACCCGCCAGCUGGCGAAGAGAAUGAGCUGGGGCAAGUGGCAGCGAACGGAGAGCGCUGGGAUGACACGGCUACGGUGAUUGAUCGCGACUCUUAAGUCAGACUUUGGAUUACUAGAAUAGAGUGCCGCAAGGUUGCAACUGUCUUAUUUAGGGUGUAUAGUCGUUAUCAGCGUUUUUAAUACUCUAGACCAUGAAGAAAACUAUUAGUCUGUCCAAGGCUCGGCGUGCCUCAUGCAACAUCUUUCCACCUAGGCUGCAGAGGGUCGAAUUCAACAUGUACUCGAUCCAACGCAUCCAAACGUCCUCCUUGCGUUCCGCGGCGAUUCCGAAUUGAUGCUAAGAUUAGUAGGUGCAUACAUCUAUCGAAAGGUUUCUAUAAGCUUUUUGGUGACUGGUCGAGCUGCAUUCUCUUUGGCUUAAAGUCUUCUGCGUCGGAGCCCCCAACGCCGGGAUCACGAUGCACAAGAUGAAGGGUGUUGAAUUGGGAGUUAACGGACUAACUAAGGGGAUCACGGA